AUGGCGGCCCUUACGAUAGCUCGAGCAUACCAGCAUUCCUUUGAUACUCACCCAAACUCAACGUUAGCCAUAACAGGCGGCUGCCUGAACGCUCUCGGUGACUUUGUAGCCCAGAUAUCACAGAAAGCAUUGCGGAAAGAACAACACGGAGGAUAUGAGCCUUACGACUUUUUACGUACCCUUCGUUUCUUUUGCUUUGGGUUCACCAUUAGCCCGUUUAUGGGGCGCUGGAACUCCUUCUUGGAAUCCCGUUUUCCUCUACGCUCCUUAAAAGCCAACACCAAGAGGGUUAGCUUCAGGGCAUUGUCCAAGCGAGUUGCCUGCGACCAACUCAUCGUUCAAUUAACUAAUCGUAAUUCUUCCAGUGCUCCAAUUGGCCUCGCGCUUUUUCUAGGAUCAAUGGGCAUGAUGGAAGGUCGUACACCUUACCAAAUCAAAGAAAAGUGCACCGAUCUAUAUCCGAAGGCUCUGAUUGCGAACUGGAAAGCAUGGCCCCUUGCACAGCUCGUGAAUUUUAGAUACAUGCCGCUUCCUUAUCGCGUUCCUUUCUCACAAGCAUGCGGGGUGUUCUGGACGCUCUAUCUUUCUAUUAUCAAUUCGGAGUGCGUCGUCCAUUUUACGUUUUCUGCCAAAUCCUUACUUCUUACUUUCGGCUAG